GCCGCGCCGCUGUUUAUAGGGUCAUCGUGUGCCUUGAGCUCAAGCAGUUCACGCGGUGAUCUACUCCAUCCACAUCCUGCGAUUUCUCUCCCUCCUUUAUCGUAAUGGAUAUGAUCAAACGCCCACCUUUGCUUGUUUGCUGUUGUGAUAUCAUGCGCGCGCCGGCAGAACUAGACAUUUAGAUGGCGUUCAUGCAAUAAAGACCCUCUACGGGAAACGGGAUUUACGAGGACAUCGGAAGGACGUUUUUCUGACGUUAUUUUCCUAAUCUUUUUUUAGUGGAUUUGGAACCGCAUCAAAGGAGUAACAAUCUUUUACAACGCUACAUUUCUGGUUCACGAUGUCCACAUGCCUCUGUGUCCCGGAGCGCAUCCUGUUGUGUUGAGGAUAGCCAUCUGCAAUGAAGGAGUUAUCCAAACAAACAUGCGAAGAACCAAACACUCGGAUCUUAUUCCAUGCCGGAUCUAAAUAUUAGCAUUUUUAAUGUAAUGCAAUUCAAUCAUUGAAGAUUGCAAUAAAACAUGGAGCUGAGAAAAUGGUUCCUUGAUUCCAGUCCCACGCUUUUCCUUGACUGGGUUGUUUAGGCUAAUGCUUGCUUCCUCCAUCAGACCAGAGAUGUUUCUCCGAGACCCAGCUGUCUCGUUAGUUCCUUGAGGACAUUUGAGUUACUGAUUCACUUGUGCUGCUUUAAAGUUUUGUUUUAUUGCUGGUGUGUAAAUGACAGGAAACAUGCAUCUUGGGGUUGAGGAGCCCAUCCGUGAGUGCCAGUACAACCAGAUCUGCACACACAACUCCUCACCCAUGGACACCCCGCACAGCAAAAAGAGGAAGAGCAAAAGGAAAUGGCAGGUUUUUCCUGGCCGAAACAGGUUUUACUGCAACGGGCGGAUCAUGAUGGCCAAGCAGACCGGGGUCUUCUACCUUACCAUGGUUCUCAUUCUGGUGACCAGUGGCCUCUUCUUUGCCUUUGACUGCCCAUUCCUGGCUUCAAACCUGACUCCCGCCAUCCCGGCCAUCGGAGGAGUGCUGUUCGUGUUUGUGAUGGGGAUGCUCCUGCGGGCGAGCUUCAGCGACCCGGGCGUCCUGCCCCGGGCAACACCAGAUGAGGCGGCUGACAUCGAGAGGCAGAUAGAUGCGACCAACGGCCCGAGCGGACCAGGCUACAGACCGCCCCCCCGAACCAGAGAGGUGCUCAUCAACGGGCAGACAGUCAAGCUCAAAUACUGUUUCACCUGCAAGAUCUUCCGCCCGCCGCGGGCCUCACACUGCAGCCUGUGCGACAACUGCGUGGAGAGAUUCGAUCAUCACUGCCCGUGGGUGGGCAACUGUGUGGGGAGGAGGAACUAUCGCUUCUUCUACCUGUUCAUCCUCUCACUCUCCUUCCUCACUCUCUUCAUCUUCGCCUUCGUCAUCACGCACGUUAUACUGAGAUCCAACAGGACUGGCUUUCUUAGUGCUCUCAAAGACAGCCCUGCUAGUGUUCUGGAAGUGGUGGUUUGCUUUUUCUCCGUCUGGUCCAUCGUGGGACUGUCGGGUUUCCAUACCUACCUGAUCAGCUCCAAUCAGACCACCAACGAAGAUAUCAAAGGUUCAUGGUCAUCCAAACGAGGCAAAGGCAACUACAACCCCUACAGCUACGGAAACUUCAUCACCAACUGCUGCGCUGCACUGUGCGGACCUCUACCGCCGAGUUUGAUUGACAGAAGAGGUUUUGUGCUACCAGACACCCCGCAGCCCGUGGCCCAGACAAACGGCACCGGCGCCUGCCCCCCCAAUCAGGUCCAGAGUCACAUGUGUGCUCAAGACCAGUGCAUUCAGAGCACCAAAUUCGUUUUGCAGGCCGCCACCAACCCGCUGCUCCACAGUCAACCCAUCAUUCUGGGCGGGGGCCCGACCCUGCAGGCCAAGAGCUCUAUGGGUGGCCCGUGCUCCACUCUGAGCCCCUCUCAGCCCUCGCUGCCCUCCUCGAUCCCCGGCCUCAGCUGUGGAGGAGAGCUGUUGGCCCUGCGGGACUCUGAGAUCCACUGUCACCAUCACCUACACCAUCAACAUUUCAUCAGCCCGGAGGAGACGCCCUCCCCACCCGCAGCUCUGCCCUGUGCCACCCAUCUGGGUCACCAUGUUCACCCGGCACAGCUCUUCAACCCGGUCAGCCAGGACUCGCUUCAUGAAGACUCAGUGCGGGGUUUGGUGAAGCUGAGUUCAGUGUGAGCUGUUUUUAAUGCCGUCCUGCUGAACUGGACCACAAGCCAUACGGUACUUUACACUCGAGCAACAGCUUCUACUGGACUUUCUGAUACUGAGUCAGCCGCCCGAACAACUUCCUGAGUAUCAAGUGAGGACCAAAGCUUGUCUUCCAGCUCUAGUAUUACUCAACUGAGCUGGGUUUUUUUUUUUUUUUUUUUUUUUGUAAUGGAAGCUUAUUUCUGCCACAGAAUAAAAAUAUAAAAAAGGUAAUUGCAACUUUCUCAUAAUUCUUACUUUUUGAAUUCUGAAAAAAAAGUCUGAACUGCAAGAUAUAAACUCAGAAUUCCAAGAAAAAAAUCUAAAUUGUGAGAUGUUAACUAAGAAUUCCAAGAAAAAAGUCUGAAUUGUGAGAUGUAAACUCAGAAUUCAGACGAAAAAGUCUGAUGUGCAAAAUGUAAACUUAGAAUUGUGAGAUAUAAACAGAAUUACGAAGGGGAAAAAAUCUAAAUUGCAAGAGGUUAACUAAGAAUUCCAAGAAAAAAGUCUGAAUUGCGAGAUUUAAACUCAGAAUUCCAAGAAAAAAGUCUGAAUUGAGAGAUGUAAACUCAGAAU